GGGUGGGCAGACCACAAUCCACCGGAGAAUAUUUACAUUCUCCCGUGUGCAACCGUUCGUGGGCGAGACGGAGAGAAGAGAGGCUUAUGGGUAAAGAGUGCUGCUGUCGUCGUGUUGAUGUUAGAGCAAGGAGCUCGAGCUGCCUGCUGGAAUACCGAAGAACGGAUCCGCAGUACACGAACCCUACUGGCGGACAAAUCUACCGACCGAGUCCACAGGCGAGAUGAGGACAAGCAUACUUUGGCAGGCGCCUCCGAAGAACUUAAAAUAACGAAAAUCCGAAUAGAGAUCGAAUAAAAGGCGCCGGUUUCGUUUCAAGUCGCUGCUCGCGUGUUGCAGGAAUGCGUUUGGAGUUUGUGAUCUGGUCGACUCAACAGAUGUUCGCUUUUUAAAAUCUGCAGGGUUGUUUGUGAACGGGUAAGAUUUGAAGUCAGGAUCAGACAGUCAGGAGAGGGGGAUAGGGGAGACAGGAGGGGAGGAGAGAAGAGAGGGCUUCGAGGCGGGAGGAGAGGGGCGCCCAGAAAACGCCCUGUUGCUGUUGAAGCCUCUAAAAAUUAAAACUUUAACGCGCCAUUUACGGUACUGUACAACUUUGUUAGGAUGACUGGGAAGUUUGAUCGCGCUUAGUUACUUUAAUUACUACUUCAUAAACUGUUUAAGGGAGGUUAAACCCUCCGCUGCUCCCAUUGGAUUAUUUUUUUCCGCUUUAUUCUGGACGAGUCCUGGGUUCUUUUUUGGAGGGCGGCGAGUCGGAGGCUGUCUAGGCCCACGGCCACCGCUCGACAACUUGAACGAAGAUCUUGUAGCUUUCAUGUGAACCAGAAAAGUUGGGCAGAUCGCUCUUCAUUGCUCAGUCUGGCGCCAGGAGAAAGCAAAAAUGUCGCUGGGUGCGGAGAGAAGGAUGGAAAACCGGCUGAGAAAGCUGGAAGCCAUGAUCAAAGACCCGCGGUCUGCGAUCAACUUGGAAAGUUUGCUGGAUUCCAUGAAUGCUGUGGUCUUGGACCUUGACUUUCCGGCCUUGCGUAAAAAUAAGAACAUUGAGACCUUCUUAAACAGAUAUGAAUCCGUCAUGCGUCGUAUUCGGGAGUUCCAGAUGAAGCCGGAGGACUUUGACAGAGUGAAGGUGAUCGGUAGAGGAGCGUUUGGAGAAGUUCAGCUGGUUAGGCAUAAGGCCUCUCAGAAGGUGUACGCGAUGAAGGUGCUCAGUAAGUUCGAAAUGAUCAAGCGCUCAGACUCCGCCUUCUUCUGGGAGGAGCGUGACAUCAUGGCAUUUGCAGACAGCCCAUGGGUCGUACAGCUGUGCUGUGCGUUCCAGGAUGACCGCUCUCUCUAUAUGGUUAUGGAAUACAUGCCGGGAGGUGAUCUUGUCAAUCUCACCAGCACGUACGACGUUCCGGAAAAAUGGGCAAAGUUCUACACGGCCGAGGUUGUGUUGGCUCUGGACGCCAUUCACUCCAUGGGCUUCAUUCACAGAGACGUCAAACCAGACAACAUGCUGCUGGACCGUCACGGGCAUCUCAAACUCGCAGACUUUGGGACAUGUAUGAAGAUGGACGAGACAGGGAUGGUUCACUGUGAUACUGCGGUCGGAACCCCUGACUACAUCUCACCAGAGGUUCUUAAGUCUCAAGGAGGGGACGGUUACUAUGGACGCGAGUGUGACUGGUGGUCAGUUGGAGUAUUUAUCUACGAGAUGCUGGUCGGUGAUACGCCGUUUUAUGCCGAUUCACUGGUGGGGACUUACAGUAAGAUUAUGGAUCAUAAGAACUCUCUUAACUUCCCUGAUGAUGUUGAAAUCUCUCAAGAAGCCAAAAACAUCAUCUGCGCCUUCCUAACAGACAGGGAAGUUCGCUUGGGUCGAAAUGGCGUGGAGGAAAUUAAAAGACAUCCUUUCUUCAAAAACGACCAGUGGACAUUUAGCACCUUAAGAACAACUGCAGCACCUGUGGUUCCAGAACUGAGCAGUGACAUAGACACUAGUAAUUUUGAUGAGAUCGAAGAGGAUAAAGGAGAAGUGGAGACCUUUCCUACACCCAAAGCUUUCGUUGGCAAUCAGCUGCCCUUCGUGGGCUUCACCUACUUUAAAGAAGACCAGUUGUUGAACGCUGUCAACAGUUCAGCAAUGAAAAACGACCACCCCACAUCCAGCAAUAGAGAGGACAAUUUAGCUCUUCAGAAGAAACUUCACUGUCUGGAGGAGCAGCUCAAUAAUGAGAUGCAGGCUAAAGAUGAACUGGAGCAAAAAUACAGAAACAACUUCAGCCGCCUGGAGAAGAUCACCAAAGAGCUCGAUGAAGAGAUAAAUGGCAGGAAAGUCUUGGAGACGUCUCUGAGGCAGCUGGAGAGAGAGAACGUUCUGCUGCAACACAAGAGCGUUGAGAGUCACCGCAGAGCCGAGAGCGAAGCCGAACGCAAACGCUGCCUGGAGAACGAGGUGAACGGUCUGAGGGAUCAGCUUGACGAGAUGAAGAAGAAGAACCAGAACUCGCACAUCUCCAAUGAGAAGAACAUUCACCUGCAGAAACAGCUGGAUGAGGCGAACGCAUUGCUGCGAGCAGAGUCCGACGCAGCUGCGAGGCUGCGUAAAACUCAAACGGAGAACUCUAAACAGCUGCAGCAGAUGGAGGCUCAUGUGAGAGAGCUGCAGGAUAAAUACUGCAUGCUGGAGAACAGCAAGCUCACGCUGGAGAGAGAGAACAUCACCCUUCAGGCGGCGCUGGACGCAGAGAAACGAGAGCAGAGCCAGGGCUCUGAGACCAUCUUUGAUCUGCAGGCCCGAAUCUCUGGUUUGGAGGAUGAGGUGAGACAGGCGAGACAGGCCCUGUCUAAAGCUGAGUCAGAAAAGAGACAACUUCAGGAGAAACUAACAGACCUGGAAAAGGAGAAGAGCAAUCAAGAGAUUGACAUGACCUAUAAGCUGAAGGUGUUACAGCAAGGUUUGGAGCAGGAGGAGGGGGCACACAAGGCAACAAAAGCUCGACUCGCAGACAAGAACAAGAUCAGCGAGUCCAUUGAAGGAGCCAAAUCUGAGGCUGUGAAGGAGCUGGAACAGAAGCUACAGGAAGAGCGUUCCUCCAAGCAGCGUGUGGAGAACCGACUGUUAGAGCUGGAGAAGAAGAACUCCAUGCUCGACUGCGACUACAAACAGUCACUGCAGAAACUCGAGGAACUGAGAAGAAACAAGGAUAGACUAACAGAAGAGGUGAAGAAUCUGACUCUGAAGAUCGAGCAGGAAGUUCAGAAACGCAGUUUGACUCAGAAUGACCUGAAGGUUCAGAUCCAGCAGCUCAGCACCCUGCGUACGUCAGAGAAACAGCUCAAGCAGGAGAUCAACCACCUUCUGGACAUCAAACGCAGCCUGGAAAAACAAAACAUGGAACUGCGCAAGGAGCGUCAGGAUUCUGAUGGGCAGAUGAAGGAGCUUCAGGAUCAGUUGGAGGCAGAACAGUAUUUCUCUACGCUGUAUAAGACACAGGUGCGAGAGCUGAAGGAAGAGUGUGAAGAAAAAAAUAAACUCUAUAAAGACAUGCAGCAGGGUCUACCGGACCUGCAGGAGGAGAGGGAUUCUCUUGCUGCUCAGUUGGAGAUCACACUCACCAAAGCCGACUCCGAGCAGCUGGCGCGUUCCAUUGCGGAGGAGCAGUAUUCCGACCUGGAAAAGGAGAAGAUCAUGAAGGAGCUGGAGAUCAAAGAAAUGAUGGCCAGACACAGACAGGAGCUCUCGGAGAAGGACACCACCAUCACCUCGUUAGAAGAAGCUAAUCGCACUUUGACCAGCGAUGUGGCAAACCUGGCCAAUGAGAAGGAGGAACUCAACAACAAGCUAAAGGAGGCGCAAGACAACCUGCAGAAUAUCAUAAACGAAAUGCAGACUGUCGCGCAGGUGAAACUUACCCUCGAGAAACAGCUGCAGUCAGAGAGAACUCUGAAAACACAGGCGGUAAACAAACUGGCAGAGAUUAUGAACAGGAAGGAGGUUAGAGGUGGAGGCAGUCGCCGUGGAAACGAUACGGAUGUCAGAAGGAAGGAGAAGGAGAACAGGAAGUUGCAGCUGGAACUUCGUUCAGAGAGGGAGAAACUCAACAGCACCAUCAUCAAAUACCAGAGAGAAAUCAACGACAUGCAAGCACAACUGGCGGAUGAGUCGCAGGUGCGCAUUGAGCUCCAGAUGGCUCUGGACAGUAAAGACAGUGAUAUUGAGCAACUGCGCAGCCUGCUGAACUCUCUCAACGUCCAUUCGCUUGACUCGGCCAGUAUGAGCAGUGGCCCAGAAAUGGACACGGAUGAAUCACUCGCAGAGACAAGGCUGGAGGGUUGGUUGUCUUUACCUGUGAGGAACAACACCAAACGUUUCGGGUGGGAAAGAAAGUAUGUUGUUGUGAGCAGCAAGAAGAUUCUGUUCUACAACAGCGAACAGGACAAAGAGCAUUCCAAUCCUUACAUGGUGUUAGACAUAGAUAAACUUUUCCAUGUGCGUUCUGUAACCCCAUCCGACGUUUAUCGUGCUGACGCCAAAGAGAUCCCCAGGAUAUUCCAGAUCUUGUAUGCUAAUGAGGGCGAGAGCAAGAAGGAGCAAGAACUGGAGGCUCUUCCUGGAGACAAGUCUAGCUACAUUUGCCAUAAGGGUCAUGAGUUCAUCCCCACCCUCUACCACUUCCCAACUAACUGUGAAGCCUGUACCAAACCCCUGUGGAACAUGUUCAAACCACCUCCAGCCCUGGAGUGCAGGAGAUGCCACAUCAAGUGCCACAAAGACCACAUGGACAAGAAGGAAGAGGUCGUCGCUCCAUGCAAAGUGAACUAUGAUGUGUCUACGGCUAAAAAUCUCCUGCUGUUAGCCAUGUCUCAAGAGGACCAGCAGAAGUGGGUUAGUCGACUGAUGAAGAAAAUCCCUAAAAAACCUCCAGCGCCAGAUGCCCCUCACCGCUCCUCUCCCAGGGUUCCCGUCAAAAUGCAAACUAGUCAAUCCAUGAGAAGACCCAGCCGACAAAUACCACCCGGCAAACCCAGGUUUACACGCAGCGUAAAGGAAGAGCAUACAGCAUGUGUGGAGAAAUCUGGCUUCAUCUACCACAAGGGUCAUGAGUUUAUCCCUUUACUCUACCACUUCCCUGCAAACUGUGAGGCCUGUACCAAACCCCUGUGGAACAUGUUCAAACCGCCUCUGGCACUGGAAUGUCAGAGAUGUCAGAUCAAGUGUCACAAAGAGCACAUGGACAGAAAAGAGGAAGACCUCAGACCAUGUACUCCAGACAGAUUCGUGCCCCAGUUCACCACGGGAGCACAACAAAUCUACACAGAACAGAGAGGUCGGCACCACACCAAACAUCUUAUUGAAGGCCAGCGUUGACUUGAAUCGGCUGGACAGAACCCCACUGGACCGUUUUAGGGACCCGUAAGAGAAUGGAUGACGGCCCGAUCCAAUCAGGCUGUAGCGUUUUUCCAGUUGACUUUAAAGGCUGAAUGUAGACUGUAGUACAAGACACACGUGGCUAGCAAACACCACUAUACUGUAUGAAACGUUUUUACCUUUAUUAAUGCAAUGAAACUGUAGUUUGUUUUUGUUCUACAAUGUUUUUAUUUGACGUUUUAGUUUUCAUCGAAAAGCAUCACAUACUGUUCUUCUUUUCUUCAGUCCCUACAUCAUGGUUAUUCAUCUUCGAGGGCCACUAUCCCAGUUUAGAUUUAUCUCUGCUAGUAAUUUGCAAGCAAUACUGAAGACCUUGAUUUGAGUAGUUGUUAAGCUAAGAGUACUAAGCUAAGAGAGUUGUGUAGCCCUGUACCACAUCAUGAGUUGAAUGUAAUCUGAGCAGGAAACUGUUUGAGAAGAACAUGAUUGUAUAAUUAACAGGCAUCAAGAUUGAGAUCUUGAGUUUCUGAAAUCGUCUGUUUUUGGCCAGUCAUAUCUUAUAAAUUUGAUUAUUUGGCCAGAGGCUGAAACCAGAACGAACAUUUUAACCCACCACCCCUGAACUUGAGUUGAAGUUUUUUUCUGUAGUGAAACAUGCAUCUCUUGAGCUUUUAAAAGGUGAAAUAGAGUCUCACCCUAACAUAAGAACUGUGGCCAAAAACUGAUUAACCUUGCAAGCAUAUGACUGAAAUAUUCGUGAAACUAAGGAAUGACUGCAACCACAUGUUUACGUUCACUAAAGAAUGUUUUGUUUUGUGAUUUGAAGUGGUCAGUUUUUUGUGUGCGUGUGAAUUUUCACCCUAGCAAACGUGUAUCUCUGGGUGUGCUGUGGAUGCAAUAUAUAUAUAUAUAUAUGAAUAUACAGCGUAUAUUUGACCUGUCAUCAUACUAUUGGUUUUGCUAUUUAUACAGGUCUACAGGUCUGGGCACUUUUUAAUGGGCUGCCUCCAGAUUUGCAUGUUUUAUAUUGAUGUACUGUUUGACCAUAAAAUGAAAAGCGUAUGUAGCCGUGUUGUUUGGAGACCCUGUAUAACAUUUGCUUAUUUUUGUACACAAAAGUAGUCAAAGUAUAUAGCUGUGAAUGUAGUAAAGGAAGUAAAGUUUUAAUAUAAAUGUUUGGUCUGAAAGCCUUCUUUAAACAAAAUCAUAUAUCAACAGUGUUUGUUCUACAUGUGUUGAUGUAGAUAGUUAAAAAAAGUGUUUAAAGUAAUAGUUCACCCAAAAUGAAUAUUCUGUCAUGUAUUACUAAACCUCAAGUUUUUCCAAACAUGUAUACAUUUUUAGGUAUUUGGACAAAGUGUAACAACUCAGAUUUCUGGGGCACCAAAAUAUCUAAUUUUGCGUUCAACGGAACAAAAAAUUGUCAAUGGUGCUCCAGAAAUCUGUUGCUAACAUUUUUCCAAAUACCUUUUUUGUGUUCAACCAAAAAGGAAAUUUAUACAGGUUGGAACAAUUUGAAGGUUAGUAAUUCAUGACAGAAUUUCCAUUAUUUGGGUGAAUAUCCCUUUAAGUAAACGGUUUCAUAUUGUUUAUAGUAGUUAAAAAAUGACAUUACCAUCCUUUCAAAUUGAGUUUAUUAAUUUAUGAGUUCAUAAAAUGGUGGAAAAUAUAUGAAAGGACAAAAGACAGGACAGUGACAUUAAUUGUGGUCCGGAUUCACAACAAGCAAUAAAAUGAACCUGAAACACUG